AUGGCCGAUGAACCGCAAGCUUCUCGUGGGAAGAGACCGACAAAAGACGAGAUUGCCCUGGAACGGACUGUUUAUCUAUUUGGACAGCCCAUCGCUCACUCUGUCUCGCCUUUCUUCCACAAUACCAUCUUUCGAAAUGUUGGUCUACCAUGGCGCUACAUAAGACUCGACUCGAAAGACCCUGAGGAUUUAUUCUUGCUGAUGCAUCGUGACGAUUUCAUCGGCGCAGCUGUGACAAUGCCCAACAAGGUCCAGGCCAUGGACCUUGUCGAUAUCGUGACUCCAGAGGCGCGGAAGAUUGGCUGCAUCAACACGAUCUACGUGCAGCCUUCUGGCGUGGGGAGCACGAAGUCGCACGGAUUCAUCGGAACCAACACCGACUGGAUAGGAAUACAACGGGCACUUGUCAAUGUGGAUCCCGAAAUCAGGACUCGACUCCAGAAUCACCCGGCCCUGGUCAUCGGUGGUGGUGCAACCUGCAGAUCUGCGAUAUAUGCUCUCACAGAGGGACUCGGGGCCAAGUUGGUUUACUUGGUCAAUCGUGACCCGGAGGAAGCCAAGGCUGCUAUCAGGGGAAUGAAGCAGGAAGGGCUGCGACAAGAAAUUCACUUCCUUGAAAAUGUGGAAGCGGCGCUGUCUAUCGCAAAUUCCCCUAUUGUCGCUAUCAGUGCCGUGCCCGAUCUUGCACCCAAGACCGACCUCGAGCAGACCGCACGCGACAUCGCUGCAACCAUGAUUCAGGCCAAGCCGGAGCAUAUUUCUCCUCGGCUUUUUUUAGAAAUGUGUUACGAUCCCACCCCUAUGACAUGGCUGGCCACUUUGGCCCAGAAGUCAGACUGGGGAGUGAUUGAUGGAUUGGAUGUUAUGGAGCAUCAGGCUAUUGAGCAAGCUGUCUUGUGGACUGGGAAGCCUAUCCAAAGUCUACCCUCGGAUCUUGCGAACCGAGCAAUACGUGAAGCUCUUCAUCGGUAA